AUGGACAGCGAACCAGUCCCUCCCGAGGCCAUCGGUUUCUUGUCUGCAGCUGGGGUCUUUCUUGUUCUUCUGGUUGUCCUCUUCCUCUUCAUCAACAAGAAGCUGAGUUUCGAGACCACAGGAGGCCUUCCAUGCCUGGAGCAACGCGGGAAGAGAAAGCACUCUAAAGACAAGACUGGAAUCUGCAAAGGACCAGACAUCAGAUACCUGGCCGUGCUGUUGGCCAUGGCAUCCCAGGAUGCUCAGAACUUCUUCCAGCCUCUCUUGUCCUGGAUAUCUAGGGUUUAUGAAGCUCUCCAGCAAGCAGGAGAUACGUUAUCUGCUUCACUGGCUAACUUCAGCAAACAAGACUCUAAAUUGAGUGAUAUGCUAGACCAGGACUUAAAUGAUAUUCAGAUUCCAGAAACUGGCUUUGAAGAUGAAGAACAGGGCACUGAUCAGCGCCAAGAGAACACGGAUUCCUUGUUUCUUCAAGUGGAUCAUUUCUCCUAUUGUAAUAGUGAUUUUCAGGACUCUGGCCAAAGUUCAAGCCCCAGACUUAGCCAACAUGUAAAGAACUCCUGUUCCAUAAUGACCCUGUGGCCCAGUCAGAUCCUUGAUGACCAGAAGCCACCACAUGUGCUUUCUUCUAUUGUUGAGGAAGAACAUCACGUUGAAAAGCAAAGGAGUAGCCUUCAACUUGGCUUUGACAGCCACCUCUCCGGGAUUUUAGGAAAUGUUAAUGGGAAAAAGCAAGUUAACAGCUUCGGAGAUGAUGAAGAGCUGUCCACAUCUUCUGACAGUGAUGAGGAGGUGAUCAAACAAUUUGAGAUUUCUGUGUCCCGGUCCCAGAGUUUCCGCUCGGGAGCAUCUGAGAAAGGAAAGCAGACAGGAUUGGAGCAUAAACCAAAACCCAGUCACUGUCUCUCUACCCACAAAGAAGACAGCGCAGAAGUGUCCACCUGCAAAGGUUUGGAUGGAGCCAGCCAACUGACUUAUUCUGAGAAUCUGUCUUAUGGUGAAGAUGAUCCCAUCUCUGCCCAUUCACAGUCCCCUUGUGAGCUGGGGGACACCAGGCACCAUGGUGUAUCUCCUGGAGAGACCAGCAUGGUCCACAGCCUCAGCCGGCAGUCCACAGAGGGCAGCCUGGAGAUGGAGACAGCUUUUAAUAACCGGGGAUUCGAAGAUUCCUAUGCUACUGACAGCUCCUCUGUUUGGAGUCCAGAGGAACAGGAUGGGACCAAUUUUCAGGUGCCACCUGGGGUCCCAGAGCCCAUCUCAAAAUGUGGUGACCUGGAUGUCAUCUUUGAAUACAGAGCUGCCAGCCAGAAGCUCACGGUGACCAUUGUGAGAGCACAGGGCCUUCCGGAUAAGGACCGAAGUGGCGUCAACUCGUGGCAAGUGCACGUUGUGCUGCUGCCCAGUAAGAAACAGAGGGGCAGGACCAGCAUACAGAGAGGGUCCAACCCCAUCUUCAAGGAGAAAGUCACCUUCGCCAAGCUGGAGCCCAGAGAUGUGGCUGCCUGUGCGGUCCGCUUCCGCCUGUACGCUGCCCUCAAGAUGACCCGGGAGAGAAUGAUGGGUGAGAGGCUCUUCUAUCUCAGCCACCUGCACCAAGAUGGGGAAAUGAAAGUGACUCUUGUUCUGGAGCCAAGAAGUAAUAUCAGUAGUGGGGAGUCUCCGCUCAGCCCAUCUGCAGUGUCUCACAGUGAUAGUGCUUCAUCCACGCAGUCGCUGUCGCAUGGAGGGGCGCCAGAACUGUUGGUGGGGCUGUCAUACAAUGCCACAACGGGGCGAUUAUCCGUGGAGAUGAUCAAAGGCAGCCAUUUCAGAAACCUCGCUGUGAACAGAGCACCUGAUACAUACGGAAAGCUCUUUCUCUUCAAUUCUGUGGGUCAAGAGAUGUCUCGCUGCAAGACGUCGAUCCGACGUGGUCAGCCCAAUCCCGUCUAUAAGGAGACCUUUAUUUUCCAGGUGGCCCUCUUUCAGCUGUCUGAUGUCACAUUGAUGAUUUCCGUGUAUAACAGGCGUACCAUGAAGCGUAAAGAGAUGAUUGGUUGGAUUGCUUUGGGUCAAAACAGCAGUGGAGAGGAGGAGCGAGACCACUGGGAGGAAAUGAAGGAGACCAAAGGGCAGCAGGUCUGCAGGUGGCACACACUACUCGAAUCCUAG